UUGGGGUGCAGCAUCAGUCUUUGGAAGACACACCCGGGGACGGCUGCAGCCUUAUCCAUGAGGCUGCGACAGGAGAAAGCUCCUGGGGGUGAAUCCCCCAGAUUCGGCUCUCGUGGGACUGAAAGGAGAAAUCCCCCGUGCUCAGCAGCGCCCUGGCUGCUCCCUGACAGAACGGGGAAGGAAACCCAGAGAAACUCUGCAGCAGAGACCCCGAGGUGCCGAGGCAGCGCUGGCCAGGUGUGAAGGCCUGUGCAGGGACAGUCAGGAAGGGAAAAGGAAUGAGUGGCACUGACCCCCCCGGGAAGUUUUGUCAGACCUCUGCAGUUUGAUCACUCUAAAAGUAAAGAGCAUUUCAUCCUGGCAGCGUGUUGGGAUGUGGUUAAACUCACGGGAGGGAUGUGCCAGCCACACAUCAGCUGGGACAGCGUGCGAUGUGAUGAGCACGGUGCCGUCCCUGCGAGGAAAUCCGCCCCAGGCCAUGGCAGAGAACUGCAGGAGCUCAUCCAGGGCAGGAGGAAGAGCGCUCUGCCGAAAGCCUGGGCAGGGGCUGAGGGGAGAGGUGGCGCAGGAACGCAGUGCUGCUGCCUCCGUCCUCACAGGCACUUUGGUCACAGACGUGUUCUCACCCAAAUGGAGCAUGGUGCUGCCAUUCCGGGCCAGGACGGGGUGUGAAAAUAAAGAAGAAAAUGAAGAAGAGAACCAAUAGUGACCUUGCAGGACCUGGAGUAGCAGAGGGAAGAUAUUAUGGCCAUUUAUACAGCACGUAUAAAUGGGCCUCUCUAGGGCAUCCCUGGGGCACUGGACUGUCCUCAGACACCUUUUCCACUGCUAUCUGCUGUCCAGUAAACUGUGUUUGAGCUUCUGCAACAACUGCUCGGCAUGGUGGGCGACAGUUUUGUACAAUCAAUUCAAAAGGAACAAACGCUGCCUCCGAGUUGCUGAUGCUCCAUGUUCCCCGCAGGCACCAGGCGAAGUGCUGGGAGGUGAUCUGCUGCAUCCCCUCUCCUCGCCCCUGGCCUCUGUCAGCCUCAUUUCGUGCAGGGGAAUGUUUUCCUUGAUCCUGGCUGCCUUCGCCCUUUGUUUGGGGAUCUGGUCUUGAUGAAGAUGAAGUAGCAAUCAUGAGAGAGUUGCCAAAGCCGAACUCAGACCAAGAAAGCAAGACUAUAAAGAAGGCCGGGCACAGGAGCCAGCACCCAGGAGAAGGAGCUACCGGGCUGACGGACCGUGAGCUGCUGGACCUCCCACUCGGGGCCAAGAUCCCUGUGCUGCCUGGCUCCAGGCCUGUUUUCAGCCGGGCGAAGCUGGGAGAGAAGCUUCAACUGCCCUCAGGCCAUUUUGACCUGGGAGAUCCCUACUGUCGCCUACUCAGGAGAGAGUACAACAGCCUGCACGACCCAUCUCUGAAGGCGUAUCACAAUCGCAGACACAACUUCAGGAGGCUGAGGGAGGCAGGUUUAGUCACUAGUGAUGGCCAGGUGAUUUGCACGCUGAAGGAGUUCAAUGAGUACAGGCAGUACCUGCUCACGCUCAGGGUGCAGGCAGAGAACGUGGCCAGGCAAGAAGAGGAGAAGCUUCGGCAGCACCUGGCCAGAUUUAAGGCUGCCCCCAAACUGGCAACAGCGAGGGACACUUCUCGCCUGGCACAGCGGCCGUUGCAGCCUCGGAAACCAUCCUGCCCACCUCCACCCAAAGGCAGGAAAGGAAGGCUGUGCGCUAGAGUGAAAGGACCUUUGCACAAAGGCCAAACUUGCCCCAAAGCUGAGUUGAGACAGGAAAGUGCCAAGCUGUCCCAGAGGCUCAGCAGCGAUGUGGUCCCUGAGGUUCUUGGAACCGGGAAUAAGUCAGAGACAGACGUUAAGCCAAAUCCAAGAACCUCAGCCAAAGGUUUGGCUAUAAGGGCCUUGGCAAAAGACAUUGUAGAGAAUGUAUUAGACCGCGCAUGUCAACGUGGGCCUGCUCUGACCCCCGAAUUGCAGUCUGGAAGGGGUGUCUCAAAACCGCCCACACCACAGGAUGGAAAGGAGAGCCAUCCCGCUGCGGAUGCCCUUCCCUCCACGGUCCUGCAGUUUUCCAGGCAGCCCGUCCCUCCAGCAGGUCCAAACCCCCCAGCCCACACAGGAGCACGGCGCCCACUGCUGCGCAUAAAGCUUCCCCACAGCCAGCCCGGGCGGCCCGUGUGAAAACGAGGGAGUUCCCUGGGAGGCUUGUGAGGGAUGCCCUGCGGAGUUGUUUGGCAAGAGAGGUGUAGAGCCCCUGGGCCGCUCCAGCAGGGAGCAAACACAGACCUUACUCUCUCGUGCAUGCAAUAAAAGCCUGUACUCCAGAGUGCUUGCUUGUGCCUGCCUCCAUUCAAGCCAGGCCCUACUGUGCCUGGGCAUUUUCCCUGCCAUCUGUAUCGUCGUCUUCCCUCCUACAGCCUCUGCCGUGCUAAGACCCAGUUUUACAGGGAAUCUUACCGGGGGAGGUGAGACCUAUCCAGCAUUCUGUCUUGUUUAUGGAGCUUUGCUGCCAAGCUCGUGGCGGGGGCGGUUCCAGCUCUAGGAGCUGGGUUUUCACCUUGUGGGAAGAACAUUGUUGCUCUUGGCAUUGAGAUCCUUUGUCCGGGGCCCCUUCUCCUCAGAUCGAGCUCCCCAGGAGCUCCGCACAAACACGUGUGGUCCCCGACCCGGGCACUGCGCU